AUGAAAGAACCUACCAAAGAACACGACCUCCCCUCCAGACCCCUACGGAGCCAUGAACCCCUCCGCUUCCUCGUCAUCGGCGCCGGCUCCCGCGGCAACGCCUACGCUCGCGCCGUAACAAGCAGCACCCCCGCGCGCAUCCACGCCGUCGCCGAACCGCACGCCUUCAAACGCGCCGAUUUCGGCCGCAAGUAUAUCUGGGGCGAGAAGGGACGGCCAGUCGACGGCCAGGAGUUUAGCGAUUGGAGGGAAUGGUUGGAGUGGGAGACGAGGCGGCGCCAACAGCCUGAGGGGGAAGAUGGGGUCGGGGUAGACGGCGUCUUCAUCUGCACGCUCGACGAAACACACGUCGAGAUCGUGACCGCCCUAGCGCCCCUGGGGCUGCAUAUCCUCUGCGAGAAGCCGCUGGCCCUGUCGCUGGGUGAUUGCCUAGCCGUUUACAAAGCAUUGUCACCCAGCGAUAGCGGUGCUGCCUCCGGCAGCGACAAGAUCUUCUCCAUCGGCCACGUCCUCCGCUACAGCCCACACAACAUCCUCCUGCGCAAGCUCCUCCUCCUCGACCGCGCCAUCGGCGACAUCGUCUCGCUGGAGCACACCGAGCCGGUGGGCUGGUGGCAUUUCGCGCACAGCUACGUCCGCGGGAACUGGCGGCGCGCGACCCCCCAAGGCGACGGCUCCCUGCUUACCAAGUCCUGCCACGACAUCGACUUCAUCAUGUGGCUGCUAUCCUCGCCUCCGCCAGCGGCAGUGGACACGCAGACGCAGACACACCACCCCCGCAGCAUCGCCUCCACCGGCACCCUGACGCAAUUCCGCCGCGCCCGCAAACCCCGCGCCGCGGGCGCCGCCACAAACUGCGUCUCCUGCCCCGCCGAGCGCGAAUGCAUCUACAGCGCCGUGCGCAUCUACCGCGACCUGCACCUUGCCCGCGGCGACACCGGCUGGCCCGUUAAGAUCGUCGUGCCGGACAUCGAGGACGUGCUGCGCUCGUCUGCAGAGGGCGAGGGCGAGGGCGAGGGCGAGGCCGCAGCGAACGCCGAGGCGCAUCUCCUGGCGCGUCUGCGCGAGGACUACUCACACGCCGAGAUGAGCGACGAGGAGAUCGCGCGGCGACCGUGGUAUGGCCGGUGUGUCUACGAGGCGGACAAUAAUGUCUGCGACGACCAGGUUGUGACCAUUACGUGGGAUGACGCGGAUGAGGACGAACCGCCUGCCAACGGGGAGGGACAGCAGGCGGAAUUGCAACUGCAAGGCAGACGCGCCAAAAUGGCCGUCUUCCACAUGAUUGCUCCCACGGAGAAACAGUGCGAGCGCCGCGGGCGAGUCUACGGGACGCGCGGCGAGAUCGCCUACGACAGCCGGACCAUCUCCAUCUAUGAUUUCGAGACCCGCUCAACGACCACCAUCGAGGUGCCCAAGCAGCCGCCGGAAGAGGAAGAGUCGCACGGCGGAGGAGACUACGGGCUGGCGCGCAGCUUCGUGCGUGCUGUGGAUGCCGUCGAGAAUGAGGGAUGGGUUGUGCAACGCGCGCAGACCCAUUUCGUCGGCUGUACGCUGGAGGAAGCGGUUCGCAGCCAUGCCGUGGUCUUUGCGGCCGAAGAGGCCAGGCGGGAGGAAAAGGUCGUGCGAUGGAAGGAGUGGUGGGCCGAGAAGCUUGCUGCGGCUGGCAUCGCAUGA